UAGCUCUCUUUGUUCUGGCAGCCAUUUUCGACUGAUUGUGUGAAAACACAGUCAGAGAAUCCGUUUCCAUCUUGCGAGAAGGGACGGUUUUGGAAAUAAUCCAUCAUGUUUUCUUUACUACGGAAAUUUCUUUUUCUGUUUCUUUUAGUUUUACCGGCAUCGCUUGUCCUGGUCGGCAAUGAUGUGUGUGUAAUGGCGCGAGAAGAUGAAGUGGAAAACGAGCAGGAGGUCGCGCAACCGACUGAAGCUGAUGCUACAGAGGCUUCUGUUGACGAGGAAUAUGUUGAAGAUGUUGGUGACGAUGUGGACGAUGGAAAGGUUGACACUGAGGAAGAAGAAGAGGAAGACAAAGAAGACAGUCCUGCUCCAACAGACUCUAAAACUGAUGCUGAAGCAAGUGAAGAGGAAGAAGAAAAAGAAGAAACUCCCAAGCCAUCUCCAGAUGCUGAUACAGUGAUUCUCUUUACCAAACCCUCUAACCAAGAAUUUCCUGCUGGUGAAGUGAUCAAGUGUCUCAUUGGUCUGGGAAAUAAUGGCAAGAAUGAUUUCAUUGUGGAACUUGUUGAAGCAUCUCUAAGGUACCCUCAAGAUUACACAUACUACAUUCAAAAUUUCACUGGAUUCCAGUAUAACACAGUUGUACAGCCAGGCAGUCAGGCUUCUUUUGAAUAUGCGUUCAAGCCUCAUGAAUCUUUUGGAGGACGCCCAUUUGGUCUAACUAUUAACUUGGCAUACAAGGAUUCGGAAGGCAAGCCAUUCAUGGAUGCAGUGUUCAAUGAAACAAUUAACAUUACAGAAAGUGACGAAGGAAUUGAUGGUGAAACUUUCUUCCUGUAUGUGUUCUUGGUAGCGGUUGCUCUGUUGUUGGUCAUGGCUGGCCACUAUGCCUUGACUUCUGUGAAGGUAAACUGAGAGCUUGCAUUUAAC